AUGGUGAACCCUGAAGACGUGGCGGUCGCGCUCAAGAUGGAGGACUUCCUUUUCCGCCCAGUCGACCAGGUCGCCCACAUGCAGAACCUGCUCGACGUGGCGAUGUCGUGGUCGGGUAGCAUCGACGAACAGGAGGCAAUGGCGGGCUUGCCGGACGUGCUGAAGAUUCCUCAGGGAGCGCCUGCGAGUGUGAAGGCGCAGUUCGUCGUCCAGCGAGCCGGUGUGGGGCGGUACAACGUGCUGCGCCAUUUCAUCUUCAAGCACGGUAGCAACCUGAAGCGUGCAGACGCGCACCUGUACACCAUGGGCCAGUCGGCGACGUUCCCUGCGGCCAAGGAAAACAAUACGUGGGGCCAGCGGAAGAACUUCAACGCGAUGCUCGACCGCCUGCCUGGAUUCCACGUUCGCCAUUUCAGUGUGACCCGCAAGGAGCAUCCGAAAGAUCAGCAAGGGAAGGGGUGGGGCCCGACGCCAGAAGAGAUCCGCGACGGCUUCGCAUACAUCCGCGAGCACUACCAUGAGAUUGCCGGCUCGAGUGCGAUCGAAGCUCAGGAGUGGGUGCUGCUGCAGACUAAGGCGUUGCUGAACAUGGACAAGGCAUCUGCCUCGGCCGAUGUAGACACUUUCUUCCCGCUGACGUCGUACGACCUGCACCCUGUCAUCCAAGAUCUGCUGCUGCCAUUGAUCUAUGCCUUCGCCCCGCUCUCUGGCACCAUGGCCCCCCCCGGAGUGGGGAAGACCCCCCUGUGCCAGAUCGCAGCCAUGGCCUGGGGUCGAUACGUGACGCGGAGCAAGGGCAUCGACCUUAAAGCGACUCCUGUCUAUGAGGGUAUACUGCUCGACGAUCCGUCUCUGGACCGCAUCGAUGUCGAGGACCUGAAGGCCUUCGGCGCCAUCCACACACCGCCGCCCUCGGCUGGAUUCUUCGUCGACCCGCAGCUCUUCAUGGAGAUGCUCGAGAAGCCCUUCGGCUACCUGGGCCAAUCGCACAGGCUCGCCCUCGCCAAGCGGUUCGUGCUGGUGGUCGUCGGCCGGCACGCUCUGUAUGUGCGAGCGCCCAGCUCCGACGACGCUGCCCAAAUCUCUAAGUUCACCCAGGGCGACGUCGCGUCCGAUUUCUUGCUGCCUGGCAACAAGGGCGCCCUGCCCGGGUUCUACCAGGGCAUGGACCAUGAGGACUGCGUGCGCCCGGACUAUGCGCUGCACGUCGAAAACGAGUACAGUCUCGUAUGCGAGAUGCAGGAGGCGGUGCGGCAGAAGACCUCAGAGGAAAUCGCGUCGUGGUGGGCGAAUCGCACGGCCGACCUUCUAUCGUCAGCCAGCGCCGCGCCAGCUGCACCUUCGAUUCACCGCGUUCCCGCGACUGCCGGCGCGCCGGCGCCCGACUCCGGCGGCGUGCGCGUGCGGGCGGAUGCUGACGGCCAGUAUCGCUUCCGCCUGCCGGCCGCGGGGUCGCUGGCGCCGACAGGUAUGUCGCGCCGCGCGUUCCGAUGCCCCCUCCCCACGAAGCGCGAGCGCGUGGAGUUGGAUCCGGCCGACGCACUUGAUGGCUCGACACCGAAGAGGGAUCCCGGCAGCGCCGCUGCGGGGCACGCAUCGGACAGCGCCAGCGGCGCCAGGUCCGCGCCGAGCGCGGCCGCGAGACCGAAGAGAGAGCCCGGCAGUCCCGCCGCGGCGCCCGCCGCAGCCAGCGCCAGCGGCGCCGUGAUCGACGUUCUCUCAAGCGGGGGCGAGAGCGAGGCCGAGGGCGAGCCGCCCGCCCGCCUCCCGCGGGGGGCCCGCCUGUACGACAGACCACUCGGCUCCGCCCUGUCGAUGCAGGCAGAGGCUAUGAUCAGCCUCUUCGGUUUGUCGUUUCUCCGCUCGCGACCCCGGUCGGCCAGGGGCUCCCAGACCGGGCGCUGCGUCAUCGUUUACGAUGCCGCGCCCGAGCACCCAGGGCACGCCAUCGGCGGCAUUGUUGAGAAAGGCCGCGUGCAUUUCAUUGACGGCCUGCGAGAGCAGAUCAGCGUGGGCCAUUCCGCCUGGCACCUGCUGCCCGACGGCACGCCUUCGGAGAGUUGUGAGUGGUACCAGGUGGUCUGCUUCAUCGCGUGA